AUUUUAGUACCUGCCGUAGUACCUGCCCUCGGCAGGGUUUCACCGCGCCAUGGGUCAAAGAAGUGAGCAGACCAGCCAACGAGUCUGCGUCAAGGGCCUCGCAGAUGAGAGCAAUGCCAAGGAUUUCAUCCUGUCAGGAUGGGAUCGUCUUCGCAUUUGGUGGCUCAGGAGCACGGAGGCAGAGUUUCUUUGCGAAGAUGCCCGGCGGCACCAGAGGCACUACAUGUUCGCAGCGUUUGGCAUCGUCGGGUGCUACAAGAUUUGCACCGUGCUCGCAUCUGUCAUGACGUGGCGGAUGUGGUUGUUCUACAAUGGUGUGACCGUGCUGGUCUUGCUUAUCGCUCACUUGUCAGCCAAAAAGCCAGAAGCCUUGUGGGUGGAUUUCGUUUAUGCCGUCAUCUCGUUUGUCCUGCUGCUCCACACUAGCCGACUGUACGAAACGCUCAUAUUGCAGGAGCUGAUGCCGUCUGGCUCUUCGGAGGUCGAUUUACUGUGCGCAUUCAUUUUCCAUUCCCAGAUCAUGGUAAGUAUGGGACACCAUCCAGCCGUGCUCGUCGCGUGGGGCCUGGCUGUGCAUUGUAGCUGCUGGAUGACCAACAAUGCAGACCUUCAAAUGGACAUCAAGAUUGUGCUCUCCGUCGGUUUUUUGAUGUAUGCUUCCACGCAUCAAUCGCAGAUACAACUGAGGGACACACGCUUGGAAUCGGAAGCCGAGCUCAGCCGCUUUCGGAAGCGCGAGGCAAGGGUCUUCUUGCCAUUUCUUGCCUGCGGCUCUUUGAGCUAUGGGGCAGAGCACAAGCAGAUAGAUCUGGUCUUGCGUCGCGGAGCACCAGCAAUUGCAAAGGCUGGAAGCAGUUCGCCGGAGGGAGCAGAUGGAGCGAAUGGUGACACUGGUCUUCAACCAAGUGAAGGCGCCUUUGCUACUCGCCAAGUCAGAACUGAGUCGUCCUGGCGACGCAAAGGACAUCCUCGCUUGCGCCCAGGGUCGAAUUCAGCAGUUGUGGUCUUUGCUUAGCGGAGUGCAGAGCGAAAUGCAGAAGGAGUUCGAUGUUGGGGCUACAGAAGGCACGCGGAAGACACGCAUGAUAGAGACGAUGCGGGGGACCAGGAGCGAGCCAGACACAUGGCCCAGCGAGCCAGCAGCUUCUCACACGAGCCAAAGUUCUGGCUCAGAAGCUCGACCUCCAAGGCGUUCAAGGCAGCCAGAGAACCAGAACCAUUCUUCCCGACGGAGGGCGUUUGAUUCAAAGUGGACAGAGUCAUGCGCCGCAUUGAUGGAAGCCUCCUGCAUACAGCUCGGAGUGGAUGUUCACGCUCCUUGGAAGCUACGAUGGGUCAGGAUUGAGCUGGACAACAGGCAAAGUUCAUGCCUUAGCAGCUUGCUGACGCCAACCGACAUGUUUCAUUUCCGCCGAUGGCUGGAGCCCCAGAUCAACCGCUCUUCGGGGCAAGCUGGUGAGGUUCAGCAAGACUUCAACUUCCCAUAUUUGGGCAGCCAGCUCAGAGCCGGAAGAAUGCAGCUUGUCUCCAUCGAAGACCUGGCUGUGGUUCAGCUGUCGCAGCUGUUGGUUUCAUUGCCGCCAAAUGUUUGCGACACUGACAUCAGCGGC